GCAGUCAGUGGUGGGACCGAGGCAAAGGAGGGAGGAGAAAACAGGAAGAAAAAAGGACAGAGGAGCACAAAAACAGUUCAUUAUACAGCAGACGAGCAAGAAGCCACUGAAUGAAUAACAAGGAAGGGAUUACAAAGCGCAGGACCAGAGCAAAAAAGAGAGAAGAGGACGCCGACUGAAGACUUUCUCUCUUUUUCUCACUCCUCCCCCUUUCUACCCUUCCUGUCACCCUCCCAACUCUCUCAGAAGCUGUACCUCCCAGUGAAAGAUGGCAUGAGCACACUGUGACCCAUCCUCAGCUUCACGCAGCUCAUUUCUCUUUUCCCUCUUCCUCUCUGCCUCCUCCUUCCUUUUCCUCUUAAAUCUUCUCUGAUUCCUGCACGGGUUCAUACCAGGAGGUGAGGGGUAGGAGUAGAGACAUCCUCACUCCCCUGCAGGGCCUAGAGGAGCUGUUUGAUGACUUUCACCUACAACAGGCUUCUUAACCCGACCGACCACAGCUUGAUCCCUCAGCUUCCUCUGACCUGGACUCUCACUCACCGCAGCAGGGACUCACAAACAUGUUUGGAUUAAAGUCUCCUCACUUCUACCUCCCAGGUAUGAACCAUGACUCCAAUAAAUCUCCAUCAUUAGGAAUGAUCACCACGGCAACUCGCACCACAGCCACAGUCCAGUCCCCUCAGCCCACUAACCAAUGGGAACCGCGGUUUGCCCAGUCUGCAAACUCCGGAUUCGCUGCUGCCUUGCGUAAACUGGCCAAACAGGUCGAGGAUCCCAGAGGUUCUGCCAUCAACGGUGAACCGUCUCCGGUCUCCUCUCCGGGCACCAACCACAACUCACCAGUCACCACUCCUAAGCGGGGCUCAUUAGGCCCCCUUUUGAGUCAGAAUAGGGGCCGUGGGGUCCCUAGCACCCCUCCCGUGGUCACCAUUGCCCCCACCAAGACCAGCAACGGCCCGUGGAGGCCUGAGGGCCGACAGGUUGAGUCAAGCGCUCAGGGACUAAGUAGGGAGCGAGGAGCAGCUGAGAACAGCCAGUUGCAGCUGGACAGGAGGACCCCACCCGUCUCCUCACCUCACCCUCUGACUGCCUUUGGACACACUUCCAGCAGUAUCAUGCAGGACCCCCGCAUACAGAGCAUAAGUUUACCUGGACAGAUGCACUCUGUCGUUCCUUCGAGUGCUGUUCCAGAGGAGUACCUGAGAGCCCUCCGACCCUUCGCCACCUCAGAUGAUCUCCGGCUGACCUCUCUGCCUCUGAGUCUCGACCCCACUGUGGCUGCUCAUGCUGCCGCCGCUGCUGCUUACUAUCACCCUGCUUACCUGCACCACCCUCUGUCCUUGCAAAGGAUGGACGAGUCCAUGUGUCUGUCAGCACUGCGGUCGCAGUUCUACUCUGUGCCUGCAGGAGGCGCCUUCCCUCCUCUCCACCCCUCCGCCCUCCAGUUGCACUUACCCGGAGGCCGCUACCCUGGAGAAAUGAACCACGCAGCUUUUUCGGAGAGGCUACAGAUGGAGAAUGAGCUCCGCCAGCGUGAAAGAGAGCAGGAGCGUGAACGAGAGAAAGAAAGGGAGCGCGGGGCCGGGCUGGAGCGAGAACGGGAGGAAGAGCGAGAGAGAGAGCUGGACAGACAGAAGGAGAGACAGAGGGACAGACAGCAGCAGAUGGUCAGAGCGGCGGAGAGUCACUACCUGGCUGAGCUUCAGGCUCGGAGGGCAGCGCCUGAGGACAGAACCCGACCGGGAGAGAGGCUGACCACAAACCGGCUGGAAAAAAGCAAGGACUCGGACCACCCAGGCUUCCCAGCAGCUAAACCCGUUCACCUGCAGCCUGGUCUUCACACCUCCAGGACCUCUGUCCCACACCCGGUGACCAGCCUGCUGCCUUCUCACCUUGGGAAGCACCGUGCUGCUGCUUCUGCAGGGAUUCAUGGGGCUCUGGCAGCUGCCAUGAUGACACAGAGGACCAGCGAUGAAGUGUGGCUGGCACGGCAUCGGGCACAUGCACAGGAGAGGGAGGGUCCACUAGAGGUGGGCCUCAGGUCACCGGGGAAAGGUUUGGAACCAAGAAGAGAGAGUCACAGAACAAGUUCAGUCUAUAACAACCUGAGCAGCAAAGACACACACCCCCAUCUUGGUGCCCCACCUCCCCUUAUUUCCCCUAAAGUUCCCCCUCAUCCCCCUGUGCCUCCCACUACGCUGUGGAACCCAGCCUCCCUCGUCGACACACCUCCCCUAGACUCCCGCAGAAGGGUUAACCCUCCCACUCUGCCCAGUCGCCCACCGCCGGGACUGACCCGGGCUGACCGGCCUCUGAUCAGCUGGGGGAUAGAAAAUGGGAGCAAGAGGACUUCAAAGAGUCCUGACAGGUACUCCUCAAUGCGAGGAGCAGGCUUACAGGACUUGUGGACCAAGACUGAGCAGGAGCGAGCCAUUCAGAGUCUGUACCCUCGACAUCACACGAACAAUCUCCCCCACAGGCCCCUUGUGCCCCCAACUACCCCGACCGAACCGGGGGUCCGGUUCCAAGUGUCCUCUCCAUCCCUGACGAGGGAGCAAGCGCCUGACAGCAUGCUGGUGUAUGACGAAGCUCUCCAGCAGCACUGCCAGCUGCUCAGUAAACUGGACCUGGAGGAGAAGAGACGGAAGGAGGCCAGAGAGGGAGGUUAUUACUAUGACCUGGACGAGUCGUACGAUGAGAGCGAUGAAGAGGAGGUAAAAGCUCAUCUGAGGAGGGUGACUGAACAACCUCCCCUCAAACUGGACGCGUCCUCCGAGAAAGUGGAUUUUUUGCGUUCGUGCGGCCUCACCACUUUGGCCCACCGCGAUGAAAUUCUUGCUCAGAAGAGGAGGAAGAGGAGGAGGAUGAUGAGAGAGCGCAGCGUCUCUCCACCUGCAGUGCAGUGCAAAAGAAAGAUCUGUUCACCUCCGACGCCCACGGCUUCCCUAACCACCUCGUUCUCUGCUGAGCAGAUGGACAGCACCCCCAAGCUGGAGAAGAAAAAAGACUUCCUCCUUAAGUUCAACCUCAGCCAUGUCAGCCUUCAGCAGAGGAAAGAUAAGGAGAGGACAGAGGAGCUGCUAAGGGCCAUUCAGAGGAAGACUGUGACGUUAGACACACUCAGAUAUAAUCCUCUACCGUUGUGCAGAAGUCCAGCCAUUCCUUCAACUGGUGACUCCUCCAAACUGUCUCAGCCAAACGGACACCGGUACCCAGACUCUCCCAGCCCCUCUCCUCCCUUCCUACACAAACAGAAGCCCCACCAUAGUGACAACAUCAAACCCUCCGUGGACUCCCAGGUUGCUCGCAUCCCUCCUCCGUUGACCUCCCAUCAUGAGAAGUCUGAAUCCAUAGACUCGAAGUCGAACAGGAAGCUCCUGCAGAAUGGUGUUGCAGCUCCUCCUCAGAAAAAGGAACCUGGUUCCGUGCCGAAUGGGCGGAGUCGGCCCUGGGAGAGGUUCAUCCCUGAGGCUUUCGCUCAGCAUUUCCACCAGGCUGUGCUGCAGUCCACUCACCAGAAUAAAGAGGUUGUGGAGAAACCUGAUUGCAUCUCUCAGCUGAAAUCAUUAAAUCUCAGCCACGCCCCUCAGCACGCACACGUCAAUGGCCACCACUUCCACUCAUCCGCAGCGAGCCGGGGUACUCCAGCUCCUCGGGAACAUUUAUCUGAUGAAGACGAGGAAGAGUCAGGUCAGGAAGAUGAAGAUGAAAACAUGGAGGAAGCUCCAAGGAAGUGGCAAGGAAUUGAAGCUGUUUUUGAGGCCUACCAGGAGUACGUGGACGAAUGGACCGUGGAGCGGCACGUUCUUCACAGUCAGUGUAAAAAACUUGAAGCUCAGAAUAUCAAUCUGACCAGAACUGCAGAGCAGCUUUCUCUCACUAUGGGGGAGCUGGUAAGUCAGAGGCAGAAAGUGAGGGAGGAGCGGGACCGACUGCAGGCUCAGCUGGAGCACUUCAGGAGGUGUUUGACACUACCUAACAUUCACUGGGGCAGGAGCCAAGUCAGUGGGUACACACCGAGGUGACCUCUGACAAAGGUCGUGUGAGGGGUCACGCCUCUGACAGUGAGGGGACCGUAACAGGAGCCAGGGUGCUCGCCACACUUGAAGCACUUGAAGGAGCCGGUGGUGCUCUUGUUGCCUUUCUGGCCAGUCAUCGAUGUUAUCUGAUUGUUCCCAGGGACGGUUUAUUGAUGUAACCAAAAUCCAUGGUGUCUAAGCGUCUGAGCAUUGCUCCUCUCCUACUACCUGAGUCUACAGAGUGCAGCAAGUUUAAGUCAGUGAAUCAAAGCACACCUCAGGCCUUAAAAUUGACAGGAUGCACUUAAAUUUGACCUUCUGAGUUCUGCAUCUCACAGACAGAGCAGCUUUCUUGAAGGAUCUGCAGGACAAACUGAGCAGCUAAAGUCUACAAAAGGUUUUUGUUUGAUAAACGUUGCUUGUGAUAGAAGAGUUUUGUAUGUUUUACUGCUUUAACUUGUGACAAGCCAUAUGCUUUGCGGGGAUCGCCGCGGGUCAGAAUAAAACGUUGUAGCAAAAUUACCGACAGGUAGAUCAGCUGUGUUUUGAACAUUGUUGUGUGAUGUCAAAAUGUUUGGGAGCAGAAAGAGAUGCACUGGGGUUGGAAGAUUAAAAAACGUGUCAACCAUCCAGGUUUUUUGUCUAAAAGUCAAAGUCAUAUGAAUCUCCACAUUCAUCAAAUUAAAAGUAAUGACGCCUUUUGCAAUUAUUUCCAAGUUUUAUUAGAUAAUUGCCAUUACUUAUGUCAAACUAAAGCCCUGUCAGACACAUCUGACGAUGAUGAAAACGUAUUGUACCUCUUUUUUUUUACAGAAAAGUUUAGUUUCAGGGACAAAAGUAAUAUUGUUGAAACUGAAUUGUAUGUAAACAUCGGAUAUCAUCACCAUCUUUUUGUUCAUAUGACAAUAAACUCCCACCACUGUUGGUUUA